AUGCAGCUGCGCGGCGUCCUCGCGUGCCUCGCGCUGGCCUGCGCCGACGCCGGCCCCUUCGGCCGCAAGAAGAACGCCAAGGUCGAGGUCGCCGCGUCCGGGGCCCUGGCGGCGGGCGCCGACGGCCCGCUCGCGGCCCUCGACGCGGAGCUCGCGGCGACGGAGGCGCUCAUCGCGGCGUCGCAGCGCAAGGUCGAGCUGCUGGGCGCGCUGCGCCGCGCGGCGGCGGCGGGCGCGGCGCUGCCGGCGGCGGGCGGCGACGCGUGCGCGUCGCUCGCGGCGGCGUCGGCCGCGCUGUCGUGCGCGCCCGCGGCGGCCGCGGCGCGGCGCGCGGCGCCGCCGGGCGCGCCGGGCGUUGCGCGGCCGCCGCCGCGGGGCGACGGCGACGACGAGCCGCGGCGGCCGCGGCCGCGGAGCGCCUACGACGGCCGCGGCGGCGACGGCGGCUACGCCGUGGGCGACCUGGUCAUGGACAAGGUGAGCCUCGCGCCGGACGGCGCGCUCGGCGCGCUCCAGGUCCUCUCCUUCCGCACGCGCGGCCGGCCGCCCCAGCUCGGCACGGGCCAGCGCCGGGGCCGCCGCGGCCCGUCCGUGCCCGUCUUCAACUACGUGAACCUGCUGCUGCUGGCGUACGACAACGGGACGAUCGCGUUCCACGACGCCGCGGGCGAGGUCGUCGCGGCCGUCGACACGGGCCACGCCGGGGGCGUCGCCGCCGUCGCCUUCGACGGCGCCGAGGAGCCCGUGCUCGCGACGGCGGGCGCGGGCGGCGAGGUCCAGUUCUACAACCUCACGCUCUGGCAGGACGACGCCGUCCUCGCGGGGCGGCGGCCGCGGCCGCGGCCGCGGGCCCGGGACGAGGACGACGGCGGCGCGCCGCCGCCGCCGCCGCCGCGGCCCGCGGGGCCCGCGCUCCGGUCGAGCUCGGGCCUGGGCUUGGUCGUCCGGCCCGAGGCGACGGUCGCGCCCGCGUUCGCGCCCGUGGAGCAGCCCGACGGGUCCUACGAGUCGUCGCUCGCGCGCGUCGCGCACCUCCAGCUCUUCACCUGGCGCGGCAGCGGCAAGUUCGUCGCCGCCGCCGACGACCUCGGCAGCGUGCGCAUCUACGCGCGCAACGGCACGAAGCAGGGCGAGGUCGCCGUUGUCGCGACGGACGCGCCCAUCACGGCGCUCAAGCGGAGCGGCUCGGCCUUCGCCGUCGCCGACGGCGCCGUCGUCCGCUUCGUCUCCUCGAGCCGCUGGCGCCUCUCGCCCGCGGUCUGCCGCGGCCCGCCCGCGACGGUGAGCGACGUGGCCUUCGACGCGUUGAACCCCGGCGUGCUCCACGUCGCCUACGAGACGGGCGAGCUCCUCGCCUUCAACACGCGCGCGCGCCAGGGCGACGGCGGCGCGCCGGCCUGCCGCCUCACGACCAAGCUCCCGAGCUCCCCGCACGUCGCGCCGCCCAAGCUCGCGACGACCAAGGGCUUCCUCGUGAGUUCAUCGGCGCACUUCCUCGCGAUCCACAACACGACGGUGCCGGGCCCCGGCGGCUACCGCCUCGUCGCCGCGCAGCGCCUCGCGAACGAGUCCGACGCCGCGCCGCCGCACAAGUUCGCCGCGUCGUUCGUCGCGGGCAUGUCGAUGCAGGAGAUCCUCUUCGCGUACGACGACGGCGCGGGCGCCGUGCGCGUCCUCGAGAGCCUGCUGCGCUACGACCCGCCGGACCGCGACAUCUCCUGGAUGCGCAUGCCCAUCCUCUUCGUCGGCCUCAUCGUCGUCUUCGGCUUCCAGAUCCUCCGCAAGAACGGCGGCGGCCGCGGCGGCGGCGCGUUCGGCAAGCUCGGCGGCGGCCGCGGCGGCAUCUCCGACGUCGACAUGGACGCGAUCAACCAGAUGGCCGAGCGCAUGGGCCGCAACGGCGAGGGCGGCGACAUGGCCGCGGCCAUGGCGGGCCUCGGCGGCAUGGGCGGCGGCAUGGGCGGCGGCGGCUUCCGCGGCGGCGCGGCGGGCGGCCGCAUGGGCCCCAUGGGCGGCGGCGGACGUCGCGGGCGGAACUGA